AAUUUUUUUUUGAGAAGGCUCGAUCCUGAUGAUUCACCGCCUCUAAAGUCGCGGCUCCUGCGCCUCUUAUGCUCGCCGCGGGUAACGCGACUCCGCGAGCUCGCACACAUUCCAACGCACCUGUGGGCCCCACACCGCGCUCGUUCAAAUAAAAACCCUUUCUCUCUAGGGUUACCGUUACUCCGACACCACACCACUCACCCACAACACACCCCACUCUCUCUCUCUCUCUCUCUCUCUCUCUCUCCGUCUCCACCUCCACCUCCCCCGCUCCCAUGGCGCCCGAUACGAAAUCCCCUCUCCGCGCUCUCCGCGCUCUCCGCAAGCUUAUGGGCGCCACCGUCUCCUUCCUCCGCCGCGGCUUCAACCCCUCCAAAUGCAAGACGGAGGCGCAGAUGGCGACGGCGAGGAUAAAGCUGCUGCGGAACAAGCGGGAGGCGCAGGUGCGGCAGAUGCGCCGCGACAUCGCCGCGCUUCUCGAGUCGCGCCAAGAGGACACCGCGCGGAUCCGAGUUGAACAUGUGAUUAGAGAGCAGAACAUUAUGGCUGCUAAUGAGAUCGUCGAACUUUUCUGUGAACUGAUUGCAGUGCGUCUUCCUAUCAUUGCAAAGCAGAGGGAAUGCCCUGCUGAUUUAAAAGAAGGGAUUUCUAGUUUGAUUUAUGCUGCUCCAAGGUGCUCUGAGAUCCCUGAACUUGGCCGAAUUCGUGACAUCUUUGAAAAGAAAUACGGAAAGGAUUUUGUAGCUGCUGCAUCAGAUCUACGCCCUAAUUCUGGUGUAAAUCGUUUGUUGAUAGAGAAGCUGUCGGUUAGGAAGCCUACUGGUGAGGUGAAGCUGAAAUUCUUGAAGGAGAUUGCGAAGCAAUACCAGGUUGACUGGGAUGCAGCAGAAACUGAGCAGGAGCUUCUCAAACCUCCCGAAGAGCGUCUAGAUGGCCCGUGCACAUUCGUCAGUGCCACUAGCAUUCCUAUGAAGUCAAGUCCAGCAGCAGCACCACCACCUGAUGUGCAGCCAAAUUAUACUAGCCACAGACAUUACAAUGAGAAUGAAAACUCAGCAGUGCAGUUCAAGGACAGUGCUUCGGCUGCUAAGGCAGCUGCAGAGCUCGCGAAAAAAGCAGUUUCUGCUGCACAAGCCGCAGCUUUUCUCGCCAAUCAGAACUCACCUUCAUAUAAUCAUCCAGUUGGUUUCGAAACCUCAAAAAAUGAAUUUUCUACUCCUAGCACUAUAGACGGACCGCCAAGACAAUCUUUGAACAGGCAAAAUGACUUGUCAAUGAAUGAGUUCAAGCAUAAUAUGAAGAUCUUCAGUUCGCAGAGCUUUAAUGGAUCAAUCAAUGCGGAAGACAAUGCUGUUGAUAGUGAUGAAUUAGGGGACAGGAAGGUACUUAGAAGGAACAGUUGUGUUGCGAAAACAGUGCAUUCGGAUAUAAAGUUUGAUGAUUCGGAUGGUUUUGAUUCGGAAAGCGAUGAAGCAGUUGAAUUAGAGAGGCGUCGUUCAAUGGAAAGCCGUGGGCCGCCCAAUCGACCUCCUCCUCCUCCUUUGGUACCAACUAGAACGGACCACUUUGAAGAAAGAGAGAAUGGUAAUAAUAAUGAUUUGAAUAAGGUAAGCCCGAUCUCCCAUGUUCAUCCAAAGCUGCCCGACUACGACGCGCUCACUGCUCGCUUCGAGGCUCUCAAAUCUCGCAAGAGGUGAAACAGUUUUUGAAGGUAUCGUCACAUUUACUUCCAUUUACAUGCUUGAAUUGGUUGAGAUAUAUUGGUUUUAGGAACAUAUGUGUAUGGUAAAGUCAAGUGAUCUGGUCUUCAUUCUCUAUCUAUAAUUUUUUCUGUAUGUAUAUCUUGCCCAGGAACAUAUUCUUUGAGUAGUUAAUUGAAACAUCCAUAUUUGUUAUGUAAUGAGAAAUUGUUGAACUCAUUUGGCGCUC